AUGGCCAGAAAGAAGUCAAACGCCACGCCAGCCUACACGAGGCGCGUCGCCGUCAUGACUGGGAGCAAGAAGCGCGCUGCAGAUAUCGACGCGGCCAUGCGCGUAUACAGCGUCCCCGAGCUCCUGGAGCAGAUCCUGCUGUUCGCAGCUUCCGGCCAGACUCCAGCCAGCGACGAUAGCAGGAGCCAAACCCUCAAGCUUAGCCCUAUGCCUGGCUCGGCUAAAGAAUCUCGCGGAGGGACCUGCAUGUUCAGUCUUCAGCGCGUAAAGAAAGAUUUUCACGCCACAAUCAAUGGCUCUGUGAAGCUCAAGCGGCUGAUGUAUCUUGCACCAUAUCCCAAUAAGGACCUGCACGCAUCAUCUACGGCACGCAAAGCCCUUUUGCCAUUCCAUACGCCAUUCUUCGCUUUGUUGGACAAGUUGCACGAGAACAGCUGGAACGGUCUACUGGGUUGGGACUGGCAGUACAACCGCUUCAACCUGGUAGGUGCCGACGAUCUGACCACGCAUUUGAACGUUGACAUUCGGAACGUCGUCGGACAAGACAAGAGUCUGUACGAGGAGGCGACCUCGAAGCUAGCACCAGGAUGGUGGUACCCCGAAGCGAACUGGCGACAGAUUCAAGUCUGCAAUGCUAAAAAGCUCGUCUCAUUGACCGUCAGUAUCUCCUACUUCCAUUACGUUGAAGGAACAACUUCAUACAAAGCCAAUCUUGCAUGGGAUCUGCACGGCGACGAGAGUCUCGGCUACAUAUUCGAUCGCUUUGGCAAACUCCUGCAGCUCAUCGACGAGACACGAUUCGCGGUUCGAAUUAUCGAGCGGCAAUGGAAGACCAACAUGGCCGAAGCCAGGGCUAGAUUCCAGGGUCACUAUCGGGCCGCAGGCAAGUAUAUGAGCCCGCACGCGGUCUGGUGGGCUCAGCAGCCAGUCCGGAAGGAACUGACAUCGAAGCGCGUGCAUGAACUGGAAGCUGAGCGGGAGAAGCUGAAGUCAGCAGUGAACGAAUGGGAACUCAGUGUCAAGCGCGAGCCAGCUUCGUCCGAGCAGGAUAAUUCGGUAUUGCACCAUCGAUUGCUUGUCGUUGGUAACUGA